UCCAUGUGCUGGACAUGGCAGCGUCCACUCGACAGACAGCGGUCCGUGACACGUGCGACGUAGUCCUUUCCGCAGUUCUUCACAGCGUUACUACAUCUCGCCGACGUGAAGCCGUGCACGGAUGAAAAUCUCGGCCAGAUUCGAUAUUCUCCAUUGCGAUCUUGAACAGAUCUGCCCGUGCAUGUCAUUGAGCGAACUACAGAAUGAGCUACCAGCCGUCGUUGUCACAGCAGCACCUGCCGCUCGUCCGUCUCGCCAAGAUUUGCGACUGGGGUGGUCUCCGCAAGGCAUUAGACAAAGCGCCGCAAGACCAAAUCGAAGCCACGGACGACUACGGCAUGCAUGUGUUGCAUUGGGCAGUCACGGAAGCCAACAUUCCUCUCGGUCUGCUCGAGUUCCUCGUGCGAGUGUUUCCCCAUGGCGUUCGGACAUUUUCCAACGGCGGAUUCCUCCCGCUGCAUCUUGCCCUCAUGGCCGGGGCGUCCGUGACCCGAGUACAACGCCUUGUCGAAUCCUUUCCUCAGAGCACGAUCGUGCCGAUUCCGUCGGGUCACACGCCCAUCAUGAUAUACGACGAACGACUGCCGAUGGACACCCAAGCACUGAAACGUGCAGACGGACAGCAAGGUCCGGCAGCCCAUGCCAUCCACGUGUGGGGCAAUAUCCUCGUCGGGCAUGUGCUCCGAAGUUACCGGUUGAAUUCGAACCCCCGACCUGUCAAGCCUCGUCGCCACUCGACGUCCAUGUCGAGUUUGGCGACGACGUCGUCAUCUUCGUCGACGGCUUCGUGCUCUUCGUCGACUUCGUCCGGCCGUUCGGCAUCGGUCGACGACAUCCCGACCUUUGACUGGCGAGAAUUGACUCGACGGAUGGUCGCGAACGACCCGACACUGGACGAUAUUGUCGACGACAAGCCAAAGUUGCUCGUCAUGGCCGCCACAAGAGCGCCGUUCGACCUGUUUCAAUGGAUCCUGUCGCUCUGUCCAGAAUGUACAAGAAUUCCCACAUCAAACGGAUGGCUGCCGCUGCACGUUGCGGUAGCCCAUCAAGUGUCUGCGAGGCGACUGCAGAAGCUCCUGGAAGUAUACCCAGAGAGCAUCCACGUCCUGACUCGGCAAGGGGACUCGGUGUUGUCCCUCGCUCAGAAAGCGCCCGUGGAUGCGGCCUGCCUCGAGCUACUGCGACAGAGUGCGACGGCAGUCGCGUAGGUGUGUAGCGUUGUGCGUGAUCUGGAUUAGAUGUAUGGUGUUCAGGGGUUUUGGCACUCUGCUCAGCAUCCUGGGGACCGCCGGUGGCGUCUCUGGCUAUGUGAAUUGGACUUCGACAAAGACCAGG